GCCCUUCAGCCUCGCCAGGCACACCCCCCCCCCACCAAAGCGCGCCCCUCCCCCAGCUAAAAGGAAGGGUCGCCCAGCUCCUGCACUGAACGCCCUGACCCCAAGACGCGAGGUGGGGCCUCGCUGCAUAUUCCUGGAGCAGAGGGUAGCGCAAUUACCCACCCCCCAUCCCCGUCCUGCUGAUCCAUGCACAGGGAGACCCACGCCCUGCGACGGCCCCCCAGGCCUCCCUGCAACACCCGGUAAUGCAAUCCACGGGGGCGGGGGAGGCGGCGGCAGCGACAGCAAAGGCGACGGCGGCGGCGGCAGCAGCAGCACUGCCUCAACCUAGAGACAACCAGAAAGGAGGAAAAUGGCUCCGAGCAGGGACCGCCUGCUGCACUUUGGGUUCAAGGCGACAAUGUUCUCAAAUAGUGAUGAAGCUGUAAUCAAUAAAAAACUUCCCAAAGAACUCCUAUUACGGAUAUUUUCUUUUCUGGAUGUUGUUACCUUGUGUCGCUGUGCUCAGGUCUCCAGGGCCUGGAAUGUUCUGGCUCUGGAUGGCAGUAACUGGCAGCGAAUUGACCUGUUUGAUUUCCAGAGGGAUAUUGAGGGCCGGGUAGUGGAGAAUAUUUCAAAACGAUGUGGGGGCUUUUUACGAAAGUUAAGUCUUCGUGGGUGUCUUGGAGUAGGAGACAAUGCAUUAAGGACCUUUGCACAAAAUUGUAGGAACAUUGAAGUACUGAAUCUAAAUGGGUGUACGAAGACUACAGAUGCUACAUGUACUAGCCUUAGCAAGUUCUGUUCCAAACUCAGGCACCUUGACUUGGCUUCCUGUACAUCAAUAACAAACAUGUCUCUUAAAGCUCUGAGUGAGGGAUGUCCACUGUUGGAGCAAUUAAACAUUUCCUGGUGUGACCAAGUAACCAAGGAUGGCAUCCAAGCACUAGUGAGAGGCUGUGGGGGUCUCAAGGCCUUAUUCUUAAAAGGCUGCACACAGCUAGAAGACGAAGCUCUCAAGUACAUAGGUGCACACUGUCCUGAACUGGUGACUUUGAACUUGCAGACUUGUUUACAAAUCACAGAUGAAGGUCUCAUUACUAUAUGCAGAGGGUGCCAUAAGUUACAGUCCCUCUGUGCCUCCGGCUGCUCCAACAUCACAGAUGCCAUCCUGAAUGCUCUAGGUCAGAACUGUCCACGGCUUAGAAUAUUAGAAGUGGCAAGGUGUUCUCAAUUAACAGACGUAGGCUUUACCACUCUGGCUAGGAAUUGCCAUGAGCUCGAAAAGAUGGACCUGGAAGAGUGUGUUCAGAUAACAGAUAGCACAUUAAUCCAACUUUCUAUACACUGUCCUCGACUUCAAGUAUUGAGUCUGUCUCACUGUGAGCUGAUCACAGACGAUGGAAUUCGUCACCUGGGGAAUGGAGCCUGCGCCCAUGACCAGCUGGAGGUGAUUGAACUGGACAACUGCCCACUAAUCACAGAUGCUUCCCUGGAGCACUUGAAGAGUUGUCACAGCCUUGAGCGGAUAGAACUCUAUGACUGCCAGCAAAUCACACGGGCUGGGAUCAAGAGACUCAGGACCCAUUUGCCCAAUAUUAAAGUCCACGCCUACUUCGCACCUGUCACUCCACCCCCGUCAGUAGGGGGCAGCAGACAGCGAUUCUGCAGAUGCUGCAUCAUCCUAUGACAAUGGAGGUGGUCAACCUUGGUGAACUGAGUAUUUAAUGACACUUCUAGAGUUACAAUGGAGUCUCCAGUGGAAGCAACCCCAGUGUUCUGGGCAAGGGUUACAAAGUGAGGGCAGCGUCCAGAUCCCCGAGGCACACAUAACAUGCACACCCAUCCUCACCCCCACCUUCUAGUUCUGUGACCAGGGGACUGAAGCCCAUGCCGGCUUUAUCAAGUGGAUUGGUGAAACUUAACCAUUCCUGUUGGACAUGCCAAGAAGAAAAUCAUAGGCAAGGUAGAGGGAAGGGGGCAUUCCAGCAAACCCAGUGUUAUUGAUAUUGCAGUUUCUUCAUUUUGUUAAGGGGUUUCUUUGGUGAUUUUGGAACAGCAACUGCAGUCCUCCAGGGUCAAGGAAAGCAUAGAAAAACAGUAUAUGUUAUAUCCAGGGACCAGAAAGAAAAUUUCUUUGCAUCCUAUAAAUGAUAGCCAUCCAUCAUGAGAUGACUACAGAGCUUCUCUGCUUCCUUGUUCCCAUGCCAACAUGCUGAGCAUGCUCACAAAGAAGGCUCAUCCAUUCCUCCUCCUGUGUUUAAGUAUUUGGCCCAGAGGUUUCCUAAAUGGUUGCGCUGAAAUCGCUGUGGUCCAAAUGUGCUUACUCACUCAAAUUGUCACUCUCGGUAGCACACUUGUGCACCUGUCUUUCGUUCUUUGUUGCUCCCUCCUGCACUCUUGCUCAGUCUGUCACCUGUUCAUAGUCUGCUUACUCACACUCAAUUGUUACUCCUUUGCUGUUGUGUUUACAGUGUGCAUUUUGGAUGAUUAGUUGGGGUUACCAAACAUUUUUAAAAAAGACAUCAAUAAAUAUUUUUUUAAUUCUAAAUUUUACCAUUAGGGGACCCUGCCUGAAUCUUUGCCAACCUGAAGAGAAACUAUAACAAAAAUAAGAAAUGUUAUGAGAAGAAAUUGAGCUAAAACUAUUUUGACGAAAACAAACUUUGCCUUUUGGUUUCUGUUAUACCUUGUGAUAUAUAAUAAUACGCAUGAUAUACCCAA